AUCUUGGACUAGGUACUGACUCUGCUGGAAUGUACAAAUCGCUAAGUUCAUGUUUGGAGAAAAAAGAAGAUGAAGCAGAACCGGAGAAGGUAGUAGUAACUUUGAAAGCAAUCGUUAGGAAGCAAGACAUAAAUAUUUUAUUCGUUGAAUGCGGAGAGGAAUUUGUUGAGCUUCUUUUAUCUUUUCUUGCUGUCCCGCUUGAAUCUGUAUGGGAAAUCUCUGGCAGCGGUAUCUCUUUAGGUUGCAUUGGAAACUUGUGUAGAAGCUUCAGUGACUUAAACGCUAAUAAGGGGACUGAACUGUCAACUUCAACAUGCGCAUUACCGUCUUUUUAUAGAUUCCAGAUGCAGGUGCCCCGUAUCAUCACUCAACAACCUCCAGUAUACUACCGCUACACCGAUUGCAGGCAAGUGAGCUAUGGAUGGUUUGACUACAAACGUGAUAAGUCUACUCAUGGGUUCUUGAAGAAAGAGACAAAGUUUACUGUGUUAGAUGAUCUGAACAUUACAUCUAUGAACUCCUGCUCCUCAGUUUGCUUACUAAAGAAGUUACAGAGUCACGCAGACGAUCUAGAGGUGCAAGUAGUUAGCAUUAGCAAUGCAGAGAGCUUCCUCUGCUUUGAGCACGGCAUUAUGGAAUUUGAUUGCUGAUAAACAACUGAAAGAGGAGACUGAUUUAUGGAAUCCGGUUUCAAAGAAGGUGAAGGAAGAGACUUGAAGAAAAAUACAGAGCUAGUGAGAAUGACCUCUUAAGCUGCUACUAAUCAAUUGUUGAUUAUGUUUUUAGAAUUCUGCAAGAUCUACAUUAUAUUCCUCAUGUGUUCUUAUUAGUGGAUUUCCAAGCUUUUUCUUUCUUUGUAUGACUAAUCAAAUUAUUGAGUUUUA